GGGGGAGCGAGGCGGAAGGGAGCCGCAGCCGCUCCAGCAGAGGCCGCAGAGCACACCGCUCGCCUGGGACCCGGGUUCUCCGACCCGGCGAAGCUUCGCAGGCUGCUGGGAUUCCUGGCCGGGAUGCACUUCAGCACCGUCACCAGGGACAUGGAAGCCUUCACGGCCAGCAGCCUGAGCGGCCUGGGGGCGGCGGGGGGCUUCCCGGGCGCCGCGUCGCCGGGCGCCGACCCGUACGGCCCGCGCGAGCCCCCGCCGCCGCGCUACGAGCCGUGCGCCGCCGCCGCCCCCGGCGCCCCGGGCCCGCCGCACGCCUACCCGUUCGCGCCGGCCGCCGGGGCCGCCACCAGCGCCGCUGCCGAGCCUGAGGGCCCCGGGGCCAGUUGCGCGCCCGCCGCCAAGGCGCCGGUGAAGAAGAACGCGAAGGUGGCCAGCGUGAGCGUGCAGCUGGAGAUGAAGGCACUGUGGGACGAGUUCAACCAGCUGGGCACCGAGAUGAUCGUCACCAAGGCCGGCAGGCGCAUGUUCCCCACCUUCCAAGUGAAGCUCUUCGGCAUGGACCCCAUGGCCGACUACAUGCUCCUCAUGGACUUUGUGCCCGUGGACGACAAGCGCUACCGGUACGCCUUCCACAGCUCAUCCUGGCUGGUGGCCGGGAAGGCAGACCCCGCCACGCCCGGCCGCGUACACUACCACCCCGACUCACCGGCCAAGGGGGCACAGUGGAUGAAGCAAAUCGUCUCCUUCGACAAGCUCAAGCUGACUAACAACCUGCUGGACGACAAUGGCCAUAUUAUUCUCAACUCCAUGCACAGAUACCAGCCACGCUUCCACGUGGUCUAUGUGGACCCGCGCAAAGACAGCGAGAAAUACGCCGAGGAGAACUUCAAAACCUUUGUGUUUGAGGAGACACGCUUCACUGCGGUCACUGCCUACCAGAACCACCGGAUUACCCAGCUCAAGAUCGCCAGUAACCCUUUCGCCAAAGGUUUCCGAGACUGCGACCCCGAGGACUGGCCCCGGAACCAUCGGCCCGGCGCGCUGCCGCUCAUGAGCGCCUUUGCCCGCUCGCGGAACCCCGUGGCCUCCCCAACACAGCCCAACGGUGCGGAGAAAGACGCGGCCGAGGCCCGGCGAGAAUUCGAGCGCGACGCGGGCGGCCCGGCCGUGCUCGGGGACCCGGCGCACCCGCCGCAGCUGCUGGCGCGGGUGCUGAGCCCCGCGCUGCCCGGGUCCGGCGUCCCGCUGCCCGGCGCGCCCGGAGGCCGGCCCAGCCCCCCGCACCCCGAGCUGCGCCUGGAGGCGCCCGGCGCGUCGGAGCCGCUGCACCACCACCCCUACAAGUACCCGGCCACCGCCUACGACCACUACCUCGGGGCCAAGAGCCGGCCAGCGCCCUACCCGCUGCCGGGCCUGCGCGGCCACGGCUUCCACGCGCACCCGCACCCGCACGCGCACCCGCACCACCACCCCGCCGUGAGCCCCGCCGCCGCCGCCGCCGCCGCCGCUGCCGCGGCUGGGUCGGCUGGGGCCGCGCCGCCCGGCUCUUACGACUACUGCCCCAGAUAA